AUGUGUAACCCUCUCACAGGACAGUAUGUUACCUUACCUGAACUUAGAGGUAAUUUUAGGCAUAGCUAUUUAGGGUUUGAUCCUCUUUACAAGGAAUUUAAGGUAUUGGUCAUUAGUGUUUCUUAUUCAAGUGAUUAUAUCUUAACACUGGGAACUGAGGAACUGAGGUGGAGGACGAUCCAGUGUCCUUUUAUACAUCUUCCUUGUGGGGAAAAUAUUUGCAUCCAUGGGGCUUUGUAUUACUCAGCUCAAGUUGAUCAAGGUAAUCAUCUUGAUUAUGAUGAUGUGAUAGUUUGCUUUGAUGUUAGGUAUGAGAAAUUCAAGUACAUAGGCGUAGAAUGCUGUUUUGAUGGAUUGAUAAACUAUAAGGGGAAAUUAGGUGGGAUUAACAUUAAGAAGAAUUUUGCUCUUAAUGAUGGAUAUCUUGUUGAGUUGAGUAUGUGGGUUCUAGAGGAUGUUGAUAAACAGGAAUGGUCGAAAUAUGCCUACACUUUGUGGGAUGAGAGUAAUGCUGCUAUACAUAAAGGAAGUCCUUUAUUUCUGGCUGGGAUGACUGCUACCGGUGACAUUGUUUUGUCAAUGAAAUAUGCAAAUACUCCAUUUUAUGUCGUCUACUUCAAUCCGGAAAGGAACACUCUCCAGAGUGUUGAAAUCCAAGGUGUUCGGGCCAAUCGUUAUUCCAAAGUUUACGCCUUUGUAGACUAUGUAGAAGAUCUUAGUGUUAACGAUGCAAUGCAACUCAAGCCACGCCUUUUAAAACUAGUCCAAAAUUUCGUUCCCAAGAGGCCAAAACCACGACGACGUCGGCGUACAUCUCACGACCUCUCCAAUUCUUCUCAAUCCGUGAAGAACAAGGAGCAGAACAUGUACGGAUUAUCAGCUAACCUUCUCUAUCGUUAUGCUCACUAUCAUUCGACUGGCUUAUAG